UAAUCACAAUUUGAACCAACAUCGAGUCGAUAAUCUACAAAAAUCCAACAACAGAAUCACCUACAAAGAACUGACUUGUAAAAGCCAGAAUACAGUCGAGGGAAUUUUGGAUAAAGCAAAAAAUAUUUGCACUCACCCAAACUGUAAGACAUGCAUUCAUCUGCCGGCCAAAAAUUCGUCAAAUCAGCAGAAUCUGGAACAGAAAUUGAAGAAAAGUUGUGAAAAACCAACGAAAAUACCGAAGAAAAUUGGGUCAAGUUGUAAGGAAAAAGGGAAAAAUUCGACAUUGAAGAAAAAUUGUGAUCAAACGUACAGUGUCUAUGAAGUCAGUACAAACUUGGUAGCUCCUAUGGGUGUGGAUAUAAAAAGUGAUGACUGGAAUGAAGCUUCUACCACAAAAACACAGAGAAACAUUGACAAAAUUAACAAAAUGAAAGACAUAGAUCAACAAAAAUUGGGGGAUUCCCAAAAUUCUACACAGACCUCGAAAAACAAGCAUGAACAAUUUUUCGAAGAUUUUAGCAGUGGAGACUGUUUGAAAGAAAACUCGAAAUUUCCCCCAAAAAAUUCGGGGGUUCACAAAGUGCAAAAUUGCGACAGAGGGGAUGAAAUAGAGAAGAAAAAUGUUUUGUACGAUGAAAACAGAAAUUUUGACAACAAAAAUUCUGACAACAGAAAUUUUGACAACAAAAAUUCUGACAACAGAAAUUUUGACUACAAAAAUUGUGGUUUUGAUUAUAAUGAACAAAUAUCGAAAGACAGAGACCAUGGUUUUCAAGAUAACAAUGAUUCUAAGAAGAACACUAAAAACAAAAAUGAGGGUUUUAUUAGUGGUAGAAAUAACUCUAACCACAAAAACCAGGAGUAUUGUGAAUGUAGGAAAAAUUUACACCCAGAAGACGACAAUGGAACCGAUUUUUACAACAAAAUCGAACUAGGAGAGUAUUUACACAACAAAAAACAUGAAAUUUGCGACGAUAAAAAUGUAAUACACGAUAAAAGAAUUGGAAUCUUUGAUGAUAAAAGUUCAAUACAUGAUAAGAACCAUGAAGCUUUCAAUAAUAAAAAACAAAUGCAUGACAAACAACAUGGAAUCUCUGAUAAUAAAAAUCGAAAACCCAAUAAAAAACAUGAAAUGUCUGAUAAAAGUUUAGAUUCCAACAGUCUACACCACCACAGUAAUAAAUCUGAUAUUUCGAAAAACAACCCCAAAUUGUCCCAGAAUCCUAGAUCAGUCACUCCUCAAAAUUUAAGUGACAUCAGUGACAACUGUCUCCGUUUCAGUAGUGACAGUGACGGUCUCUCGGCGGGGAGACGAGAUGUGUCACUAAGUGAUAAAAAUAUCAACAGUGACUACAUUCAAGGACGAGAUCUGUCACUAAGUGAUAAAAAUACAGGAAGUAAGAGAGACAGCGAGAAUGUACCUGCAACACUAAGUGACAGAGGUAGAAAAGGAAAUGGAGGACGUAGUGACGAUUUGAGAGUUAGUGACGAUAAGUUUGUGGGUGAGAGAAAGAGAGAUAUGUCGCUUAGUGAUGGUUUGAAGUUGGAGAAAAGGAGGGGGGAAGGACCAGUUAACAAGAAGCCGUCAGUCAGUGAUAAGAGGAAAAGAGAUAAAUCACUUAUAAACAAAAAACAGUCACUUAGUGACCAGUUUGAUAAUGAGAAAAUCAAAGAGAAAUUACUUAUCAACAAGAAACAGUCACUUAGUGAUAACUUUGACUAUGAGAGAAGCAGUGAUAGGUCAAUUAUUGACAAUAAACAGUCACUGAAAGAUCAGAUUGACUAUGAGAAAAACAGAGAUACGUCACUUAUCAACAAAAAUUCAUCACUUAGUGACAACUUUGACUAUGAAAAACAAGGAGAUACGUCACUUAUCAACAAAAAUGUAUCACUUACUGAUCAGUUUCACAAUGAAGUGAUCAGAGAUAAGUCACUUAUCAACAAAAAAUCAUCACUUAGUGACAACUUUGACUAUGAAAAACACAGAGACACGUCACUAAUAAACACAGUUCUAUCACUGAGUGACGAUCUAGAUUUCUCCAGAAGGCAGGAGAUAAUCCAGGACUAUCAUACUGCAACUUGUUCCAGUGUGUCGUUUGGUUUUAGCUGCAGUAAGGGGUGCUAUGGACGGAAGGAGUAUUGGAAACAGGAAUAUGAAGACGGUACUUGUUCACAGUCUUCAAAAACUGACGGUAGAUGUCGUUGUGAUGAAGAGGAGGAGGAAGAUGGGGAGGAGGAGGAGAGGGAGAAAGAGAGGGGGAAGGAGAGGAGUGAGAGAGGUGAUGCUCCCCACAAAGUACCGUCGGAUACAAACCAGUCGCUCUGGGAACAGCAGAAGUUGCGACCGGGUACAGUGCGCCGACGCAAGAAACAGAUAGGCAUCGGGGUGCGCUUCUCCUACUAUGUGCCUAAUCGCUUUUGCCCGCGUUCCGGGAGAGUGGAUGCGGCGCACAAACCGGUGCAGGAGUACUGCAGGUGUGCCGAAAAGAAAGCGCCACCGAUAGAAGCGCCAUCAGCGCAUACUAAGAGUGGUAGUGGUGAUUUGUCAUCACAACGCCCGUCAACAUCGGACGACGACAAAGCACCGCGACGAAAAUCGGUGACACUUUUGCCCGACAAAGCGGACCAAUUGGACGCCGACAAUGACGCCUAUCUGAGAAUAGUCGAUCAAAACAAGAAGGUCUCUGAUUGGCUGGAGCCAGACACGUCAUCCAAGGCAGCAACCAAUGAGACAGAAACGAUAUCUUUUUUGAACGCUAAGGAUCCCAUUCCAUCUCAGAUGGGGUUUGAAGGAUCCAUGGUAGCAGAAGAGGAAGAUGCCAUCCAGAAAAAACCAAAAUACACUCUAGCCAGGAGUCGAAGUGACCCUGACGUCAUCUAUAUUCGAAAGACAGUCUGUGACUGCUGUGAAGGGGCAAAUGAAUGCAUCAAAAUCUACAAAAAACACAACGAUUUCGAGGUGCAUGGUAGUUAUAUGGAGUUACCCAACUGUGAACCGGUUGAUAAAGAUGUGUUUGAGAGUAUUUUCGAGUACUUGAACCCUUGUCGAUAUCUGAAUUAAAGGGAAUACGACAGAGAAUUAUGUGAGAUGUGUUUUUUUGAUUACUUGGAUCCUUGUCGAUAUCUGAAUAAAAGGAAAUUUGAAGGAGACA